AACAUAAGAAAAUAUAAGUGGAAAAGGAUCCAAUUGAUUCCGAUUCUACAACAAAUUUGGACAACAAAGUUAGCCGUUGGCACAACAAAUGACCAAAUGCUUCACACAAAAUUACAGGAACGCCCCCGGUCGGUAGCUACUUAGCUUUCGCCCGCCUCCAACCACCGCCGUCGACUUCCCGCGAGCCUGACCAAUUCGGUACUCCACCGUGCGAAAGAAGCCGACAAAGAGAGAUCUCGAGUUGGAAUUGGAGUUUCUUGGAUCGGCGGAGUGAGCUCGGAGAGUACGAGGCGACAUACGGCAAGGAAAACCCGGUCGAUUUCCGGUUUCAAUCCCGUUUCCCGCCUGUGAGAUUUGCGAUUUUGCGGAGAUCUGGUUUCUUGAUCCAAAUUUGUACCUUGGUUCGACCAAGAUCGAGUUCGAAGCUGUUCGAUGCGGGAAAUAAUCGUUCCUUUUCGCCCUUUUUUCUUGUUCUUUAUCAUGGGGGUUGGUCUGAGACCAAGAACCUGCGGUUUGGUUGUCGUUUUGCCGAUGUUGGAUUGGAAUGUGAGAUGCCUCGGUUCCGGAGCUUCGUCUUGAUCUGCUGCUGAAGGGCGAGACGGUUCUUUGAUUGAUUCUCUGGUGCAGUAGAUGGUGAGUGGUAGUUUUAGUAGGAGGCUGCCGGCUCGAUUAACCCCUAGGAUUGUGAGCAGCCCUAGGGUUUCCGCUCGCCGGAAAUUGUGGGUGGCGCCCAGACCUCCUUCCUUGGGCGAUCUGGCCGCGGCCUUCUGUCUGGCCUCUCUCGUGCUCGUUGUUGGAUGUCUCAUGUAUGUCAACGUUAAAGGAUACCUGGGCAGUGGUAGUUUGGUUGCUGGGUUGGCCGGCGACGCUGAUGUUUGUGAUAUCUUUGAUGGUCGCUGGGUGCCGGAUAGCUCAUACCCGCUGUACAAUAGCUCGGAGUGUCCAUUUGCUGAAAGAGGUUUCAAUUGCUUGGCAAACGGGAGGAAGGAUAUGGACUAUCUUAAGUGGAGGUGGAAACCAUGGCGAUGCGAUGUGCCUAAAUUUAAUGUGCAGGAUGUCUUGGAAAGGCUCAGAGGGAAAAGGGUCGUCUUUGUAGGUGAUUCAAUGAGUCGCACGCAGUGGGAGUCUCUAAUAUGCAUGCUCAUGACCGGAGUGCAGGAUCCCAACACCGUUUAUGAAGUCGAUGGAAAACACAUCUCAAAGACAAUCCGCUUCUUAGGCGUUCGGUUCCAGACAUUCAAUUUGAGCAUAGAGUUCUUCCGCUCGGUUUUUCUUGUACAGCAAAGCUUGCCGCCGCGACAUGGGCCAAAACGGGUUCGAACGACACUGAAGCUGGACAAGAUGGAUGAGAUGAGCAGGAAGUGGGUUGAUUCAGAUGUACUUAUCUUCAAUUCUGGUCACUGGUGGACUCCGAGCAAACUCUUUGACAUGGGUUGCUAUUUCCAGGUUGGAGGAGCUCUGAAGCUUGGAAUGUCUGUCGAUUCUGCAUUUACAAUCGCCUUAAACACCUGGGCUUCUUGGGUUGAGACGAUGGUCGACACAAAUAGAACUCAUGUCUUCUUCCGGACCUUUGAGCCUUCCCACUGGAGUGACUCAAACCAAAAGGUCUGUAACUUGACGCAGCACCCUUUGGCUGAGGCCAAAGCGAAUGACCGGACGGAGUUUUCAGAAAUCAUAGUUGAGGUAGUGGAAAGGAUGAAAGUUCCUGUCACUGUCCUUAAUGUAACUCCGAUGGGUGCAUAUAGAAGCGAUGCUCAUGUUGGCACUUGGAGCCACCCUUCUACCGUUACUGAUUGCAGCCAUUGGUGUCUCCCUGGAGUCCCAGAUGCUUGGAACGAACUCGUGUUCUCCUAUCUUAUGGUGAAGGGUGAGUUCCCACAUGCUGGUAAAAAAUGGGAUAAAGAUCAGUAAGUAGUUUGUGAAUAUAAUUGGUAAAUAGCUCAUCCAGGAAGCUAUUCAUUCAACAUGCAUAUGAAACUUGUUUCCUAAAAACAUGACAAAUUCCUAAUCUUGUUGGUGUAACAUAUUUAUCAUUGAUAAUUAGAUUAGCAAAGAGGCUUGACAAUGCACAACGAUUGUACCAAUCUGUCCUUAUCUGGUUAUGAAUUCUGUCAACUACAUAUAAGAAUUUGUCAACUAUAAAUGUCGCUGUGUAGUAAUACUAUUACUGUGGUUAGUGCUACCAUACCAUCUUUAUCUUAUUUCUUUUC